AUGGGUAAAGAUAUUGUAGUAGAUAUUGCCCCUAAAUGUAUUAGUGGGCUAGAAUUCAGUGCCUUAUCUGCAAAAGAUAUAGUUGCUCAAUCAGAAGUUGAAAUUCAAACUAGAGAUUUAUAUGAUUUAGAAAAAGGAAGAACACCUAAAGAAGGUGGAGCACUAGAUACAAGAAUGGGUAUAUCAUCAAAUGCAUCUGAAUGUCAAACUUGUCAUGGAAAUUUAGCAUCAUGUCAUGGUCAUUUUGGUCAUAUUAAACUAGCAUUACCAGUUUUCCAUGUUGGGUAUUUUAAAUCAAUAAUUUCAGUUUUACAAUGUAUUUGUAAAAAUUGUGCAUCAGUGCUAUUGGACCAUCAAAGUAAAAGGCAAUUUUUAACAGAAUUAAGACGUCCAAAUAUCGAUAACUUGAAAAGAAUGAAAAUUUUAAAAAAGAUCAGUGAUCAAUGUAAAAAACAAAGACGUUGUUUAAGAUGUAAUCAUGUUAAUGGUGUUGUUAAAAAAGCAGCAAGUGGUGCAGGUCCAGCUGCAUUAAAGAUAGUUCAUGAUACUUUCAGAUGGAUUGGUAAAAAGGAUACUCCAGAAAAAGAUAAAUGGGAUAAAGAAUUGGAACAAGUGUUUCUUAGAAACCCUGAACUAGAAAAAUAUGCUAAAAGAGUUCAAGAAGAUUUUAAUCCUUUAAAAACUUUAAAUUUAUUCAAACAAAUCACUCCAUCUGAUUGUGAAUUAUUUGGAAUGGAUUCAUCAAAAGGUGGCAGACCAGAAAUGUAUAUAUGGAGAUAUCUACCCGCUCCUCCAGUUUGUAUUAGACCUUCAGUUAUGAUGGAUGCUCAAUCAAAUGAAGAUGAUUUAACUGUUAAAUUGACUGAAAUAGUUUGGACUUCGUCAAUGAUAAAAGCUGGUAUACUAAAAGGUAUCUCAAUAAAUAAUUUGAUGGAGCAAUGGGAUUAUUUACAAUUAUCAGUUGCAAUGUAUAUAAAUUCAGAUUCAGCAAAUCCUGCAUUAAUGGCUGGGGCUGGAGGUGGAUCUAAAUCUGCAAAACCUAUAAGAGGAUUUUGUCAAAGAUUAAAAGGUAAACAAGGUCGUUUUAGAGGUAAUUUAUCUGGUAAAAGAGUUGAUUUUUCAGGUAGAACUGUUAUUUCACCGGAUCCAAAUUUAAAAAUUGAUGAAGUUGCUGUACCAGAUAGAGUAGCAAAAGUCUUAACAUACCCCGAGAAAUGUACCAGAUAUAAUAAGAAAAAAUUACAAGGUUUAAUUAUGAAUGGUCCAGAUAUUCAUCCUGGUGCAAAUUAUGUGAUGAAACACAAUGAAGCAAGUAAAAGAAAUUUAAGAUUUGGGGAUCGUGUUAAAUUAGCAAGAUCUUUACAAAUUGGUGAUGUUGUUGAACGUCAUAUAGAAGAUGGAGAUGUUGUACUUUUCAAUCGUCAACCUUCAUUACAUAGAUUAUCAAUUUUAUCACAUUAUGCCAAAAUCCGUCCAUGGAGAACAUUCAGAUUAAAUGAGUGUGUUUGUACACCAUAUAAUGCAGAUUUUGAUGGUGAUGAAAUGAAUUUACAUGUUCCACAAACAGAGGAAGCUAGAGCUGAAGCUAUAAAUUUAAUGGGUGUUAAAAAUAAUUUAUUAACUCCAAAAUCAGGUGAGCCAAUUAUCGCUGCAACGCAAGAUUUCAUUACUGGUUCAUAUUUAAUUUCACACAAAGAUUCAUUUUUUGAUCGUGCACAAUUAGUCCAACUAUUAAGUAUGAUGUCAGAUGCAGAUGUUCAAUUUGAUAUUCCACCACCAUCUAUUUUUAAACCGGUAAUGUUAUGGACUGGGAAACAAGUCUUUUCAUUUCUUAUAAGACCAAACAAACAAAGCAAAGUCAUAAUCAAUUUAAAUGCCAAAAAUAAAACAUUCCAUCCACCUGCAAAAGGAUUACCAAGUGAAAUGUCACCGAAUGAUGGAUUUGUUAUAAUAAGGGGUUCUCAAAUACUAUCGGGGUUGAUGGAUAAAUCAACUUUAGGUGAUGGUAAAAAGCAUUCAGUAUUUUAUACCAUACUAAGAGAUUAUGGCCCACAAGAAGCUGCAAAUGCAAUGAAUAGAAUGGCUAAAUUAUGUGCAAGAUUUUUAGGUAAUCGUGGUUUCUCAAUUGGUAUUAAUGAUGUUACACCUGCUUAUGAAUUAAAACAGAAAAAGGAAUUAAUGGUUGAACAAGCAUAUUUGAAAUGUGAUCAAUUAAUUGAUUUAUAUAACAGAGGUAAAUUAGAAACCCAACCAGGUUGUAAUGAAGAACAAACCUUAGAAGCAAAAAUUGGUGGUUUAUUAUCAAAAGUUAGAGAAGAAGUUGGUGAUGUUUGUAUUAGAGAAUUAGACUCAUUAAAUGCUCCAUUAAUUAUGGCUACUUGUGGGUCCAAAGGGUCCACAUUGAAUGUUUCUCAAAUGGUGGCAGUUGUUGGUCAACAAAUCAUUUCUGGUCAUCGUGUUCCUGACGGUUUUCAAGAUAGAUCAUUACCUCAUUUCACGAAAAAUUCUAAAACUCCUCAAUCUAAAGGUUUUGUUAGAAAUUCUUUUUUUAGUGGGUUAACACCACCUGAAUUUUUGUUCCAUGCUAUAUCAGGUAGAGAAGGUUUAGUUGAUACUGCAGUUAAAACAGCAGAAACUGGUUAUAUGUCACGUCGUCUAAUGAAAUCAUUAGAAGAUUUAUCAUCUCAAUAUGAUAAUACAGUUAGAAACUCAUCAAAUGGUAUUGUUCAAUUUACAUAUGGGGGUGAUGGUUUAGAUCCUUAUGAUAUGGAAGGUGACGCUAGACCAGUUAAUUUUAUUAGACAAUGGGAUCAUGCAUAUAAUUUAACAUACAAUGUCGAUGAUAAACCUUUGUUACCGUAUGAAAUUAAAGAAGUGGUUGAUUCUACAUUAAAACCAUUAGAAGAUAAGUUCAAUAAACCAGAGAAUUCAGAUGACGUAGAUCAAAAUGAUGCAGAAAUUGAAUUUUAUGAUUCAGUUAGAGGAUUUAUGGAAAAGAAAGCAGAAACAUUAGCAAGAUUAAGAGAAGCAAGAGGAUUAAAACUAUAUUUUACAAAACCAAAAGAAGAUGAUAUUUUAUUUGAUGAAGAUGAACUUACUGUAAACGCGAUAAAUCAAUUAAUGAAAAUUUCUUUUAAAUCUGUUAAAGAAUUUAUGAAACAAUGUUUAUAUAAAUAUUUAAGAGCUAAAGUUGAACCAGGUACAGCUGUUGGUGCUAUUGGUGCACAAUCUAUUGGUGAACCAGGUACUCAAAUGACAUUGAAAACUUUCCAUUUUGCCGGUGUUGCUUCUAUGAAUGUUACAUUGGGUGUCCCACGUAUUAAAGAAAUUAUUAAUGCAUCAAAAACCAUAUCUACACCAAUUAUUAACGCUGUUUUGGUCAAUGAUGAUGAUGAAAUUGCUGCUCGUGUAGCUAAAGGAAGAAUUGAAAAAACUUUAUUAAAAGAUGUUGCAUAUUAUAUUGAAGAUGUUUAUAAAGAUAAUCAAGCUUAUUUAUCAAUCAAGAUAGAUACAGAAACAAUUGAUAAAUUACAAUUGGAAUUGAAUAUUCAUAACAUUGCACAAGCUAUAGUUCAAGCUCCAAAAUUGAAAAUAUCUCAAGGUGACGUUGUUGUAAUUGGAAAAAACAAAAUUAAUGUUUUGUGUAGUAUACCAGAAGUUAAAGGAGAUAAUUUAAAAACUGAAACUAAUAUUAAUGCAUUGUUUUUCAGAAUGCAAUCUUUGAAAAGAGUACUUCCAGAUAUUUGUAUUAAAGGUUUACCUCAAAUUUUUAGAGCUGUUAUUAAUAUUAAAGAUGAUGGUAAAAAGGAAUUAUUAGUUGAAGGUUAUGGAUUAAAAGAAGUUAUGAAUACUGAAGGUAUAGUUGGAACUAAAACCACCACCAAUCACGUUUUGGAAGUCAAUCAAAUCUUAGGUAUUGAAGCAGCAAGAGGAUCAAUUGUUAGAGAAAUUGAUUAUACAAUGAGUAAUCACGGUAUGAGUGUUGAUCCUCGUCAUAUUCAAUUAUUAGGUGAUGUUAUGACAUAUAAAGGUGAAGUUUUAGGUAUUACAAGGUUUGGUUUAAGUAAAAUGAGAGAUUCAGUAUUACAAUUGGCAUCUUUUGAAAAAACAACUGAUCAUUUAUUCGAUGCUGCAUUUUAUAUGAAAAAAGAUGCUAUUGAAGGUGUUUCGGAAUGUAUUAUAUUAGGUCAAACUAUGAGUAUAGGUACUGGUGCUUUCAAAUUGGUUAAAACCUCAAAUUAUGAUAAUAAAGUACUUAAAAAGAAACCAACAUUAUUCGAGUCUUGUUGUGAGGUAUCUAGUGUAGCUUAA